AUGAUAGAUGCAAAUUCCCCAGGUUACUCAAGCAAUUUUAGUUCUCUGGCAUUUGUUAAAGUUAACGGAGCUACCCGCAACUUUGUGCUAUCUCAAGGAAAAUUAACCGUUGCAUUGGCCGUUGGUUCUUCAACUUUUAUUGCUUUAGUUGUUGUUGCAGUGCUUGUAGUUUUACGAAGAAAUAGGGCAGGGCCAUUAGAAGAUGAUGACAUUAUCGAUCAGUUACCAGGGCUACCUGCAAGAUUUUCUUUUAUGGAGUUGAAGUCGGCAACUGAAGAUUUCUCAAAAGUGAUUGGGAAAGGAGGAUCUGGUUCUGUUUUUGAAGGACAGAUUUGUGAUAGGCAGGUUGCUGUGAAAAGAUUGGAUGGCAUUAAUCAAGGGAAAAGGGAGUUUUUAGCAGAGGUUCAGACUAUUGGAAGCAUCAACCACAUAUAUUUGGUGAGGCUAAUUGGAUUUUGUGCUGAAAAGUCGCAUAGGCUUCUUGUCUAUGAAUACAUGCCGAAUGGAUCUUUGGAUAGGUGGAUUUCCCAAAGGCACCAAGAAGCACCACUUGAUUGGAAAACCAGAUUGAGGAUCAUCACUGAUGUAGCAAGGGGACUGGCUUAUCUUCACAGUGACUGUCGGGAAACAAUCGUUCAUCUAGACAUCAAGCCACAAAAUAUCCUUUUGGAUGAGCAAUUCACUGCCAAGGUAUCUGACUUUGGUCUUGCCAAGCUAAUUGAUCGCGAGCAGGGCAGUGUCAUGACUAGAUUGAGAGGCACGCCAGGUUACUUGGCUCCUGAGUGGCUGACAUCUGUGAUCAACGAGAAGGUUGAUGUGUAUAGCUUUGGCAUUGUCAUCAUGGAAAUUAUUUGCGGUAGAAGUAAUUUGGAUUACUCACAGCCUGAGGAAAGCUGUCAUCUCGUCAGCAUGCUGCAGGCCAAGGCCAAAAAUGACCAGCUGUUGGACCUUAUCGAUCCGCGCUCCGCUGACAUGCAAUGCCAUUUGGAUGAAGUGUCGCGCAUGAUGAAUCUGGCAAUGUGGUGCCUGCAGGUUGAUAGCCGUCAACGGCCUUCAAUGACUGAAGCCGUCAAGAUCCUGGAUGGUACAAUGGAUGUUGAAACCGAACUUGAUUUGGACCUUGUAAACAUAGACCUGAUGGUGGCAAAUAGAGCAGUUCGCGGGAAGACUGCUGCAACUCUGCAGAUAGACUCCGUCCUUUCAGGGCCAAGGUGA